AUGUUGAAAGAGUUUAAUAUCGUGGAGAGUGUUUUAGGAACACACCUUUUAUUCAUGCUGCAGUGGACGGAUGAGUACAUACGUUGGGACAGUGAAGAAUACGACAACAUCACAGUGGUAAACCUCCCCCUGCUCGACGUGUGGGUUCCGCCCAUGGUACUGGUGAACCCAGCGGACAGCUACGGCUUCCUAAGCAAAGAGAAGGACAUGCUUCUCGUUCAGUACUCCUCGGAAGGCUUAGCGAUGUUGCUCUUCGCUACUUAUCUCGAGAGCACGUGUAAACCAUUUAUCAAAUAUUUUCCAUUCGACUCUCACACUUGUCACCUGAUGAUCAGUCACCUAGGUUACAGUUUGGGCGAAGUGAUUUCCGUCCCGUCACAUGUUUAUUUGGACCAACUGGUGGAUAAUGGUCAAUGGACUGUGGACGCGUUGAACCUCACCGCAAAGUUUAUUGUUGCAGGAAAUAACGCAUCUCGGUAUGUUGAUUUAUCCAUACAGUUGUCACGUCGACCAGAGUUUUUACUUCUGAAUCUGUUCAUCCCCAUUGCCUUCCUGAUCUGUAUGAACUUGUUUGUGUUUUUCCUUCCAGCUGAGUGUGGGGAGAAGGCAAGCUACUCCAUCACUGUACUUCUGUCUCUUGCAAUCUUCAUGACUAUCGUCAUGGAUCAGUUACCUCCAUUGUCCACAGAUGUUCCCGUUGUAAGCAUUAUUCUCUGUAUACAUCUCGCCAAUAACGUCAUAGUAUGCACGUGUACUAUUCUAUCCUUGAAUUACCACCAUCGAAGUGACACCAGGGACAUACCUUGCCAUCUCCGAUGUUUAACCAUGUUGGUGACUUGGCGAACAUACAAAAGUAAUUGCAACACAAAAGACGUCCUCACAGGAAAAACGCCAGAAAGCAUGUCUCCAAGGGCAAAGACGAAUCUGGGUGUCACUGGGACGGAUGGUAUCACACAUCACGCUGUUGUGUCGGAGGACAUUGACCGGCGCCCUAUACUGACCUGGCAGAUAGUGAGUCACGCGAUUGACAGGUGGAAUUUCUCCAUCUGUAUCAUGAUAACCAUAAUGGAGAUGGGCCUUGUCUUCUAUCAUUCUGUUAAAGGCAUGUGA